ACAAUCGACCUCGCAACAAUUGACAUAUUGCGUGACCGCGAGAGAGGAAUCCCACGGUACAAUGAAUUCAGAAGACUGAUAAAUCUCCCUCCCGCUGCCACAUUUGAAAAGCUUACAAGAAAUAAAAAGCACCAGGUGCUACUCAAGGAGCUGUACGACGGCGAUAUCGAGAAAGUAGACCUGUUGAUAGGUUGUCUUGCAGAGGACCCUUUACCAGUUGGGUGGGGUUUUGGUGAUACACCUUUCAGAAUAUUUGUUACUAUGGCCACUCGGAGAGUGGAGGCAGACAGGUUUAUGACGGACAAUUUCAACAACGAGACUUACUCGCCCGAAGGCUUGAAGUGGAUUAAAGACACAAACAUGAGGAAAGUACUUGUACGCGCAUUUCCUGAGAUGGAAUGGCUGAAUGCAACCAUGGCUAAAACCAAGAACGCCUUUUGGCCUUGGCCUGCGGUACCUGUCGAUUCGUUAAAAAAGCGAGAAGUUUGA